AAAAAAAAUACUAUUUAUAGGUCGAAAUAGUAUUCCAUACUCUGGUACCAUGGCCAGCCCCACCGACCCUCCGCCUCAAGACAACUUCUCUGAUGUCAAGAAGGUGGGCUACCUUAGAAAACCUAAGAGCAUGCACAAAAGGUUUUUCGUUCUCAGGGUUGCCAGUGAGUCAGGUUUGGCCCGGCUGGAGUAUUACGAGAAUGAGAAAAAGUGGAGGCAUAAGUCGGGGGCCCCAAAGAGGUCCAUUCCACUUGAGAGCUGCUUUAAUAUCAACAAGAGGGCGGAUUCGAAGAACAAACAUCUGGUAGCUCUGUACACUAAAGAUGAGUGUUUUGCCAUUGCUGCUGACUGUGAACAAGAACAGGAAGGAUGGUACCAGGCUUUGGUGGAAUUGCAUAACCGAGGUAAAACCCAUAACCAUCAUUACAUUGAAGGGGCUGCCAACGUGACGCAUGAUGGAGUAAAUGGGGAGGAUGUUUAUGGGGAAGUCAACCCUCCUGGUCUGGCCUUUAAGGAAGUGUGGCAAGUGAUCAUGAAACCUAAGGGUUUGGGACAGCUUAAGAAUCUUGUUGGAAUCUACCGACUGUGCCUGACCCACCGAACAAUUAGUUUGGUAAAGCUCAACUCUGAUGCAGCCGCUGUAGUACUGCAGCUCAUGAACAUCCGGAGAUGUGGCCAUUCAGAGAACUUCUUCUUCAUUGAGGUUGGUCGCUCUGCUGUCACAGGGGCUGGUGAAUUCUGGAUGCAAGUGGAUGACUCUGUGGUGGCGCAGAAUAUGCAUGAGACCAUCCUGGAAGCUAUGAAAGCACUGAGUGAUGAGUUUCGACCCCGGAGUAAAAGCCAGUCUUCAUCUAAUUGCUCCAACCCCAUUUCUGUUCCCCUUAGAAGACAUCACCUCAACCAUCCACCACCCAGCCAGGUGGGGCUAAAUCGUAGAGCCCGCACAGAGAGUAUCACAGCCACAUCUCCUGCUGGAGGAAAUACUAAGCAUAGCUCUUCCUCAUUCAGAGUUCGGGCCUCAAGUGAUGGAGAGGGCACAAUGUCGAGACCUGCCUCCAUGGACGGCAGCCCCGUGAGCCCUAGCGCAGGCAGAGCUCAGUCACAUCGGCGCACUGGCAGUUCUCGGCUUCAUCCACCUCUUAACCAUAGUCGGUCCAUUCCCAUGCCUGCAACACGCUGCUCACCCUCUGCCACAAGUCCAGUUAGUUUAUCCUCCAGUAGCACCAGUGGGCACGGCUCUACUUCUGACUGCUUGUGUCCUCGACGAUCCAGUGCCUCUGUGUCUGGUUCCCCUAGUGAUGGUGGCUUUAUCUCUUCUGACGAAUAUGGAUCCAGUCCUUGUGAUUUCAGAAGCUCCUUUCGUAGUGUGACACCAGAUUCUUUGGGGCAUACACCACCAGCUCGUGAAGAAGACCUCAAUAAUUACAUCAGCAUGGGCAAAUCCAGUAGUCUCCUUCAAAGAGGCUCACAGCAGAGAUGCCAGUCAAGUAGGGGUGAGGAGACCUCUGACCUUGAUAAAGUUUUUAGGAAGAGGACACAUUCAUCUGGCACUUCCCCUCCUACUAUUUCCCACCAGAAAACCCCAUCCCAGUCAUCAAUAGAGGAAUACACCGAGAUGAUGCCUUCUUAUCCCGUGCGCCUCACAUCAUUUAGGCACUCUGCUUUUGUGCCCACUUAUUCAUAUCCAGAAGAGUGCCUGGACCUCCACCUGGAAAAUAAUAGACCAAACCACAGUGAUGAUGGUUACAUGCCUAUGUCACCUGGUGUUGCCCCUGUGCCUACUAAAAACAGUGACUAUAUGCCCAUGAGUCCUAAGAGCGUGUCUGCCCCGCAGCAGAUAAUUAAUCCAAGAAGACAUUCACAGAUGGAUUCAAAUGGAUAUAUGAUGAUGUCUCCCAGUGGUAGCUGUUCCCCAGACAGCUGCACCUACAGUAAGAUUUGGACAAAUGGGACCAACCCAAAGUUGUCCAUAGAGAGCAAUGAUGGCAAAUUGCCUUGUAGUGACUAUAUCAAUAUGUCUCCUGCCAGUGGCUCCACUACUAGCACACCACCUGACUGCUAUCUGAAUACUGUUGAAGAGCCAUCUAAACCUGUUUAUUCUUACUUCUCUUUGCCAAGGUCUUUUAAGCAUGUUCACAGGAAGAACGAAGAUGGACAUUUAAGGGUUUCUGUUAAUUCUGAUCAUUCUUUAUACAAUGAAGAAUCCUCUUCUUCUUCCACAAGUAGUGAUAGUCUAGGGGGACAAGAAACCCAACACUGCAGGAAAGGAGAAUCUUCUGCUCAGGUAAAGAGCAGAUUGAUCAGGCCCACACGGCUAUCUUUGGAAAGCAGCAGUAAGGCAAGCACUUUGCCACGGGCACGGGAGCCUGCUUUGCCUCCAGAGCCGAAGAGUCCUGGUGAAUAUGUCAACAUUGAAUUCAAUGACAAGGCCUUCCCUGGGGGUUUGGUAUCGUCCAUGUAUUCACCACCUUAUGUGCAGAGCCGUGUGGUACCACAGCGAGAAAAUAUAUCUGAAUAUAUGAACAUGGAUCUCAAGCACUGUAGGGCAAAAAACUCUCAGGCCUCCUGUACACCAUCCUAUAAACAGCCAUGUAAACCUACAAAUACAGUUUGCUCUUCUGACAUAUGCAGUAGUCGUCCACCUGUACGAGGAAAGCCAAUUACAAGGGACUAUAUGAGCAUGCAGCAUGGUACCAUAUGUUCAGAUUACAGCCAGGUACCAACUGCAAGGACCACUGCCAAGCCAAUUUCUCCUUGUAAAAGUAAUUAUGCUGAAAUGUCAAUUGGUGGACACCCUGACAAAAUUCCUUCUGGAACUACAACUUUAACUGAAACGUCUUCUCUUCUGGGCCAGGGCUCUGGCCCCAGUGCAUUUACACGAGUCAGCCUAAGCCCUAACCGCAACCAGAGUGCCAAAGUUGUCAGGGCAGGUGACCCACAGGGCAGGAGGCGACAUAGCUCAGAAACCUUUUCUUCUACCCCCACUACAGCCCGAGUAAAUGCUGGCCCUGUUUCUGGGGAUGAUGUAAAAAGACACAGUUCUGCAUCAUUUGAGAAUGUUUGGCUGAGGCCAGGUGAUGCUACACGGAGAGAAUCUUUGCAGCCAUCAGACCACCAUCAUAACGGCCUCAAUUACAUUGACCUGGAUCUUGUCAAGGAUUUGAGUGGACUGGAACAUUGUAACUCUCAUCAGCCUGGGAUCACUCACCCCUCAGAGGAACUGAGUGCUUAUGCCAGCAUCACUUUCCAUAAGUUGAAAGAACACAGAAACCGGGCAGAAACAGAAGAAUAAACAACCUCCACAACCUCAACAAAUCACCCUUUCAAUCUCAAGGGAUUAUGGACUCUCAGUAGCCUUCACACAUCACAACUAGGACCUCACAUCCUCCUCUUUUAAUAGAUGGUACGCUGCACCCACUUCACAUUGUUUACUAUACACGCAAACCUCAGGAGUCAGCUGACUGAACCGCACCUUCCCUGUUGUGCCAAGCAAAAAGCACUGUGACGACAGAGACAGUCUGCUCUACUUCAUCGUUGGAGUCAUCCUCAGUGACCUGGUACUCCCAGCACCAAGCCAUGGUGCCCAUGGACUCGCUUAACCCGCACAUUGUUCACAACUCUAUUUAAGUUGCUGCUGAAAUUUACAAGAAAUAGAACUGUAUUACAAAUCAAUGGUGUAAAUUAUUAAGUACGAUAAACUGUUAAUAAUGAUUGGUGAGAAUUAAAUAUUUAACAUAGGUUUUUGAUUUAUACAUGUACUUUUAUUUUCUUCCCUCCUGCUGGAGCCCAUCUUUUUACAUGGGACUUUGAGGAAUUCUGUUGUAAACAGACUUUGGGUAAAUGAUAAAUAUGGUUAAUAAAAUGAUUGGGUAGGGUACUAUUCUCAUUUCUAAGGUAAGAAGACAUACAAAAGGGUCCUAGGUUACUAGGACUCUUGUUUUCAGUCCUAUUUAGUGGCGGCUGUAAUAUGAGCGUUAAUAAUAAUAAUCAUAAUGAUAAUAAUAAUGAUGAUACAUCAGCUCUGCGCUCCUGGCAGUGUUUUGUUUUAACUCUUUCUGUGCCAGAUAGGGCUGCAGUUAUCACUAAAAGCAUUAUCGGAACUGAAGGCCCCAUAAUACACGAUACUCGCAGGUUUUAGAAUAAACACAGAUCUUUUCAUUGCAUAGGUAAAAGAAGUAAAAAAAAAAAUAAAUAUUGAUUCAAGUCUUCCAAUGUAUAUAGUGUAUAA